AUGAAACCAGAAAAUCAAACAAGUAUUUCAGAAUUUCUCCUCUUGGGAUUGUCUCAGGGCCCAGAGCAUAACCCAAUCUUAUUUGCACUGUUCUUGUCCAUGUUUGUGGUCACUGUUUUUGGAAACUUGCUCAUAAUUCUGAUCAUCAUUUCUGACUCUCAUCUACACACUCCCAUGUACUUCUUCCUCUCCAACUUGUCCUUGACUGACAUCUGUUUUACCUCCACCACCGUCCCAAAGAUGCUGACGAAUCUUCACACUCAGAGCAAGUCUAUCUCCUCUUCAGGCUGCAUCACCCAGAUGUAUUUUUUUAUGGUUUUUGGAGGCAUGGACACAUUUCUCCUGACUUUGAUGGCCUAUGACCGGUUCAUAGCCAUCUGUCAUCCCCUGCACUACUCAGUCAUCAUGAACCUUCGUCUCUGUGGUUCAUUGGUUCUUGUGUCCUGGUUCAUUAGCAUCAUGUACUCCCUGAUGCAAAGCUUGUUGGUACUGCCGCUCUCCUUCUGUGAACACUUGACAAUUAAACACUUUUACUGUGAGCUUGCUGAAAUCCUCACCAUCACUUGUUCUGACAUAUUUAUCAACUACAUCUUGCUGUAUAUGGUGACUGGUCUUCUGGGCAUAGUUCCCUUCUCUGGAGUCAUCUUUUCCUACACUCGAAUUAUCUCCUCCAUAUUGAAAAUCCCAUCGACUGAUGGGAAGUAUAAAGCAUUUUCUACCUGUGGAUCUCAUCUGUUUGUAGUUUCUUUAUUCUAUGGGACAGGUUUCUGUGUCUGUCUCAGUUCUGGAAUAUCACCCUCUUCCUGGAGAAGCAUGGUCACCUCAGUGAUGUACACAGUGGUUACACCUAUGCUGAAUCCUUUCAUCUACAGUCUAAGAAACAGAGAUAUCAAGAAAUCUCUACAAAAAGUUCUCAGGAGUACACUCUUUGUUCAGUAA